AUGUUGCUGCACUCUACUGCUAAGAAACAUUUCCUUUUAGUCUUACUUUUGGUCUGUUUGAAUUUCAUUCAUAUUAAAGGUCAAUGUAGUCAGGGCUCACUUCGUCUUGUCAAUAGCAUUUCAUAUCAUGAAGGCCGCCUUGAGAUAUGCUAUGCUAAUAGCUGGGGAACAGUCUGUGAUGAUGGCUGGUAUAAUGCUAAUGCUCAAGUUGCAUGCAGACAGCUUGGAUACCCUAUUACCGGUGCUUAUUAUCGUGAUCAAGCCUUCUUUGGACAAGGGACUGGUAGUAUAGUAUUAGAUGAUGUCAAUUGUGAUGGUGAUGAAACAUCUUUAUACCAGCAAUGCAGUCAUAGAUCUCCUCUGUCACACAAUUGUACUCAUAGUGAAGAUGUUGGAGUGGUUUGUCCUGGAGCACAUUGUAUUGAUGGAGCAAUUCAUCUUGUUGGAGGAUCCAACAGUUCUGAAGGACGUGUUGAAGUAUACCAUAGUGGAUCAUGGGGUACUGUCUGUGAUGAUUUAUGGGACUAUAGGGAUGCUACUGUUGUAUGUAGACAGUUAGGAUAUGGAUCAGGGACUGCAUUUAGUAAUUCAUAUUUUAGACAAGGAACAGGAAGCAUAUGCAUGGAUGAUAUUGGUUGUACUGGAUAUGAAUUAUUUCUUACCAACUGCUCUCAUACAGUUAAUCAUAAUUGUGGUCACUCUGAGGAUGUUGGAGUUAGAUGCUCACAUACUUGCAUUGAUGAAUCAGUUCGUCUUGUUGGAGGAUCUAACAGUUUAGAAGGACGUGUUGAAGUAUGCAGUAGUGGAUCAUGGGGUACUGUCUGUGAUGAUUACUUGGACUAUAGGGAUGCCACUGUUGUAUGUAGACAGUUAGGCUAUGAAUUUGGGACUGCAUUUAGUUUUGCAUAUUUUGGACAAGGAACAGGAAGCAUAGUAAUGGAUAAUGUUAUUUGUACUGGGUCUGAAUCAUACCUUAUUAACUGCUCUCAUACAACUAAUCAUAAUUGUGGUCACUCUGAGGAUGCUGGAUUUAAAUGCUCAUAUGCUUGCUUUGAUGGAUCAGUUCGUCUUGUUGGAGGAUCUAGCAGUUUUGAAGGACGUGUUGAAGUAUGCAGUAGUAGAUCAUGGGGUACUGUCUGUGAUGAUUACUGGGAUACUAAUGAUGCUACAGUUGUAUGUAGACAGUUGGGAUAUUAUGUUACAGGGCCCCCAUAUUUUGGAGCAUAUUUUGAACAAAGAACAGGAAGCAUGUUAAUGAAUAAUGUUGGUUGUACUGGGUCUGAAUCAACCCUUACUAGCUGCUAUCAUACGACUAAUCAUAAUUGUACUCACGAUCAGGAUGCUGGAGUCAGUUGUUUAGGCUCUCCUGGUGUAUCAGAGCCAGGUGUACCAGCAGAAUUAAUUUUUAUAGGAAUAGUUGGUGGUCUUGUUUGCCUAACUGCAGUGAUUAUUGCAUGUAUAAUUCCAUUACAUUCCAAAUCAAACUCCUCCAGAACCAGGCAAGACGCUCCUGCAGUUCAAAUGACAUCAAUUCCAGCACAAAACUAGUACUACAACUGGAGCUUACACACAAUCCGAGUCAGAUAAUUGACCUCCACUUCCAUCUUACUCAGAUUAUAUGGAACAGCAGAAAGCCACAACAGACUGCACCGAUGGCUUAUCCUGGUUGUGCUGCCCCUUCACAAGGCUAUGGUUAUCCUUCACCUCCUCUACAGCAGCAGGGUUUUGCUGUACAAGGAUAUCCUCAACAGGAUUAUUCUCAAACUGGUUAUCCCCAGCAAGUACCUUAUCCACAGCAGCAGCAGCAAGAAGCACCAGUUGGGUAUCCACAGCAGGAGCCACAAGGAUAUGGAGGAACAAACCCUGGUACUGAUGAGUCUACUGGCAUUCUUUUAUUUCAAUAGUCUAUAAUUGUGAAU